GCAGGUUGCCAUGGAUACGCAGCGACUCGCCCUUUCAUGUGUCGGCUGGGUUGGUUAAAAGAAGUUUAACUUUACUGUGUGUAACUUUAUUCUUAUCCUAAAAAUGGAUGGCAUUGGACGUUUAGAAGUCAGGUGGAUACGAGGUUUUACAAACAACAGUGUCGAGUUUGUCGACAAUAAAACAGUAUGUUACACAAAUGGGAGUCAUGUCUGUUUCCUCAACCUGGAGACAAAAGAGCAAAGUGUGCUGCUGAGCCCAGGCAGAGGUAUUGGUGCAUUGACAGCCAAUGGCAACAAUGGAAGUUUUGCUUUCUCAGAGGAAAAGCUAUCCCCAUCUAUAUUUGUGUACAUUUUCCCUGAGUUUCAGAUGAAGAAUGAACUAAAAGGAACAGCACAACUGGACUACACAUCUCUGACAUUAAGUGACGGUGGUCCUUAUUUGGGCUGUUGUUCCUCUCUGCCAGACUACACCAUAACAGUGUGGAACUGGGAAAACGCUGAGCCAAUUUGUACACAACCACAAGCUGGGCAGGAUGUCAUUUCUUUGGUGUUCAACCCUCUGAAUUGGCUCCAGCUCUGUGCUUUGGGCACUACAUCCCUCACUGUCUGGAAUAUUGAGAAGAGUGACAGCUUUCAUGUCCUGAAACCAAGUGUGAUAGAGCUUCCUGCAACUGAUGGCUCCUUUGUUGAGAGAUUGGUGCCCACCUCUCAUACUUUCAGCAACAAACUGCCCUAUUUUGGUCUUGAGAUGCCUCCAACAGCCAUCUCAGGGCUCAAGGGAGACAAGGCAGAAAGCAUUGUGACUAAACUCUGCACCAAAGCCAGACUAACUCCUGCUGCUAUCUGCUGGACAGCCACAUCAGAGCUUUUUGUGGGCAGUGCGGAAGGCUUUCUGCUCCUUGUUGACCCAGAGAGCCUCUCUGUCUCAGUCCUCUACAACCCCACAACUGCUGAUGCCAUCCCUGAACUCAGACAUAGCCACUUUCAAGGUUUAACCCUUAACAAGAAUGGUUUGAUCGCUGUAGGAAAGGAGAGUGUGGUGCACUGUCUGCAAAUUAAAGCGGCUCGGAUUGACAUCACACAAACAUGGCAAUUCGAAGGACCUGUCACAACUGUGAUGUACUCCCCUGACUAUGAAACAUUACUUUUAUCGUCUAAUACAGGGCAAAUCUAUGUGUUGAACCCAACCCAGUCAGACAAGAUUGUGAAGGUCUUGGAUGUUCUCAGCGGCAACUUUGUGGCAGCAGCUUUGUCACACAUUGACAAAAACAUUUGUGUGUCAGUGAGGGAUUCUGGAGAACUGCAGCUGUGGUCCGCUGAUGGCAUUUGCCUUGGUUCCCUGUCUCUUCAAGUGGAGGUGACAAGUCUGGCAUGCUGUCCUAUUGCGCAAUACGCAGCAGUUGGAACGGCUUCAGGGAGUGUCCUCUUCAUUGACUUGAACAGGAAUGAGCAACCUCGCUUGGUUCACCAGGUUCAUCUCUACCACACCUCUGUGGAUCACCUAGUUUUUGAUCAAGAGGGGCACUAUCUUCUCACCGGUGCCUCAGAUUCACACAUCUAUGUACUAGAUGCAAAGCCAUCAAAGAGGUUUUCAGUCAUAGGAUACACAGUUGUUCCUGGACCCAUUUUGUCGCUUUCCACUCAGUGCAUCAGGGACUGUGAGCAGGUGAAAGUUCUUGCACUCUGCACCGGACAGGAGCUCACAGUGCUCUCUCUGCGUGCGAGAGACCUUGCAGGUCCAGAUAGCGUAGACUGCUAUGGUUGUCUGACUACUCACAUCCUCGGAGUGUCCAGAUACGAAGUGCCUCAUCCACUUAAAUCCUGUGUUCUGGGAGUCAACGAGGUCUUUGCUUACUGCCACAAGAAGAAAACUCUUCAGCGAUUUCAACUUCCCAAGGACACGGACGGUCUCUCCAGUCAACAGGUGGUCCAGCUCAAACCAGAACAGGAAGUGAGUGGUCACCCCCUGGGUCCUGCCUCUGCCACUCUGGCUCCUCACCAGUUAUGGCUGGCUUCUGUGGGCCGAGAUGGCCUCCUACGCAUCCGAGAAACUGCUUCCAUGGAGCGGUACAUUGAACUGCAAUGUCAUUCAUGCCGUCUGGGUGGAGUUCGGAGCGUGUCCUUCUCUGCAGAUGGCCAGACACUCCUCACUGCUGGCUUAAAAGAUGGCUCUCUUGUGUGCACUGAUCUCAGAAUUAAAGGUUUUGGUAAGGUGAAGAAAGCUACUCAGUACAGUCAGUCUAUGGAUGGUUUCUUGAAGAACAUAUUCAAUACUGAGAAUCCCCUCCUCAUUGACUUGCCUGAUUGGGGCCAAUGGUCUUCUGCUGACACUGAAAAAAUAAAGGAAAGUGAGGUCAGUGGUGGAGCCAAGGCUUUGGAUGUGACAGAGCAGGAUGAGAGUUAUAACACCCUGCUGUCUGCACCACCUUCACACAGGACAUGGCUGGAAGGCAGGCAAAAGGCGGUUAUUAAAAACGACAAUGAGCAAUAUUCUGAGACAAAGCAAAACCUGAAGAGAACCAUGAAAGAGUUACGUGGCCAGAUCCAGCAGAUGAUUCGCGAAAAUGAGAACGUCCCAGAUGACGAGCGUCUGGAACUAUGGGAGUUCAACCUGGAUGUGGAGGAUCAGAGGAGACUGGAUGCCAUGGUGGAGCAGGAAGUGACUCUGGUGAGAAGUGAAAUCGAAUGGGAGAUUUUGGCAAAAUGUUACCUCCGCGAUGUCAUAAAGAGAGAAUGCUGGGAUUCUAUGAAGGUCAGAGGCAAGGCCAUUAAGGCUUUUCACUCUGAACAUGAAGUGAAGAACUACCCUCUGAAAGAUCGAACAGAGAAAGAGGUGGAGGACCUUUGCAGGGUUCAGAAUAUGAGGAAGCUUGAAAUGGCUGCUUGCACCCAGAGCAGCCUAAAGAACACAACAAGUGCGAAGGAGGAAGAGCAGGGAGAGGAAGGCCACGAGGCAGAGAGUGCUGCUCUGAGGGGAAGUUUCUCCGCUCAGUUGGGAUGUUCGAAUCCUUACAUCUACGAUCAGUUCAGCCUGCAAACCACAGAACAGAAGAUCAACCAGAUAAUUCUGCUACAGGAUGUGAUGCAUCGCAUUAAGACUGCUUUCAACGCUGAACUUGAGGCCGUGCACAAGCAGAAGGUGCAGGAGCUAAGCCGUGUGAGGGACAGGAACAGACACAUCAGGGAGCUCAUGCUGGAGCUGGACAUGAGGGAGGAGCUGUGGGAGCCUAGCCUGACCACCAGCGAGCAGCCAGAGACGCUGUUCACUGUGGACGACUCUGAGAUAAAAGCAGAAAAGUACCUCACUCCAGAACAGAAAAUAGAAGAGGAGAGGAAGAAUGUGGAAGAGCAAAAACGUCUGGCUGCCAAAGGUGAUAAUGUCAGAGACAGGGCUCUUGGUGGCAUGAUGGAUGGAGUGCUUGAAGUGAAAAAAGAGGACCUCUUGAAAAUGGAAAUACCUCCGCCUGAGUUUGUUUUGACCAAACCUGAAAUUCACUGGAGCGAGGAGGAGAAAAAAGUCUACAAAGAGUAUGAAAAGAAAACCAAAGACCUGAGUGAGGAGAAGGAGAAAUACAAAAAGUUAAUGGAAACUGAAAUGAAAAAACUGCAGGCAGCCACCAGGGAUGCGACUAAAAAGUUUGAUGAAAGUUUGACGAAGCUGUUUGAGAAGAAAAUGAAAUGUGAAAUGGCUAUUUGUCAGGAAGAGCUCAAGAUUACCUUUCUCAGUUAUUCAGUCCUCGUAGAAGACGAGAUACGAAAUCGAGAGCUGGAGCUCAAGCUCAAACUUGAAAAAAUGCUGACAUACAAGAAUGAAAUUGGGGAGGAGGUGAAGAGACGUGAAGAAGAAGUAGAAUUGUUUCACGAGGCCUAUGACAGCAUUGUAGCUGAGGACAAAGUUCUCGACAAAGAAUUCAGGAAGGAUUUCUUUGAUGUACCACGCCAAGUGGUUGAUGAACUAUAUAAAUUAUUCAAGCGUAGACCCAGGGCUCAAAAGAUGAGGACCCAGACCGACCCCACCUCCAACCCGUUUAAAGAGCAGCGUCUGUGCGGCUCUCUGGCUCCCGAUGCGCUUGAGAAAAUGCUGAAGGCCGUGGAGGAGCUGGAUGCUCCGGAGAAUAUACCAAAAGGCUUGAGCCCGUUGAUCUGGGAGAGGUUUUGUCUUAUCCGCAGGGCAAAAGCAGAGAGUGAGCAAAAGGUAAAAGUGAAAGCUUUGACUCUUGCUGAGAUGCAGGCGUUCCUUCAGAAAAGGAGAGCUGAGGACAAGGCCGCUCAACAGGAAAUUAAAAAUCUCUCUGAAGGACUUGAAAGUCUGCAUAAGGAGAAGAACCGUUUCCUGGCGGACAUCAUGGUCCAGGUCCUUCUCAAACAGGACCAGGUGGAGGUGUUUACCACGGACCUGACUGCUGACUACACUGACUCUGUGCUUGUCCACAGGAGUGUGGUGGAGAACCUCAACGGAACCAUCAGGACAAUCGGAGAGCAGAAGAUAGUCACCAUGGUGGAGUGCAAAGACUUCCGUAGGGGCGUCAUCCAGCUGCAGUGGGAGCACAGGAUGAUGGCGAUGCAGUUAGAGGACCUCAACAACAAGGCGAGGGUCAUCCAGAAGUUACGACUCUCUGAGGAGCAAAAGGAUUAUCUAAACAAGACAGAUCGAGACAGUUGCGUGUCCAAGCAAAUGUCCACCCUGGAGAAAGUUAUAGCUGUCCAGGAAAAGAAUCACCUACUGAGUGUGCAGCGUCGCAAAAACAAGAUUAAACAGUAUAACAGGCAGGCAGCGAUGAUGGCCGAGAAGAGCGCAGUUAUCGAUCAGCAGUUGCCUGACCUGCAGGUGUCUGUGGCAGAGAGGAGGCACAUCUACGAAGCAACAGCUCAAGAAAACCUCCAAAGUCAGCGAUUGGACAGGAUUUGAUGACGCGUUACCGAUAAGCAUCUUGGGAACUGUAGUUGUUACUGGUUGGAUAUGUUAGAGCACAAACCAUAACUUUAAAAACCCAAUAUUUCCAUGUUAUUUCUCAUACCUAAAAACGCAAAUUGCAACUACAAGGCUUCAUCAUCUCUCUCUUCUUGUUUUGGUAAAGUUCUACAUACAAAAUGACUUUAGUUUUUAUUAUUAUUAUUCAAGAUUCAAGAGUUUUAUUUGCCAUUUGCACCUAUAUAAAACGCCCUCAGUGUAGUCAAUAAAUAAACUAAACUACCCUCUGCAUAGGAACAAUACCCUCAGAAUAUAAAUAU